AUGUCGCUACCCAACGGCCAGCCCGCCUGGCCCCCUCCAUCCUUUCACCACAUAGGCAGCGGUCGAUCUCUGAAUCAUCUCGACGAUGGUUCGGCGCGCACCCAGACACCCGUCGACAAUACCAUGGGCUUGAUGCCUGAGGCAUCAGUAGAUGUCGAGGAGGAGCAUCGCCGCGCUUUAUUCGCCGACAUGUAUCGCAAAACCGAGGACAAGGUCGCGCUGCUCUUUGCAGAAGACGGCUCAUACAAUCUCGGCGCGAUUGCCGCCCUCAAGCGAAAACCUUCCCCUUCCACCGUCGCCCUGCCCCCAACCACCGACCACGAGCCCAUCAAGGAGCCACCCCUGAAAAAGGCGAAGCGCGCAAUCAACGAGGAUGACUACGACGACGACGACGACGACGACGACGACGACGACGACGACGACGAAGCAGGCGAACCCGCUGCGUCAGCACAUAAGCCGCCCAUCGCCGCCGUUGGCUCGCUCUUGUCUCCCUCAAAGCGCAAAGGCCAGGAUGGCUCGCAAGGAAAGCUCCAGCCAGACGAUGACGGCAUCAAGAAACUCGAGGAGGCGAGGAUCGCCACUGAGGAAACCGCGCGGAAAAGCUUCCACACAAUCUUCUACACACUGGAAAACGACAGUAUAGCUAUGCUCGAGCAACAACGACUUGAGGAUUCAGAGAAGCAACUGCAAGCAGAGAUGGACCACAACACCACCUCGCACGCCGGUGGUGCCCAAGCCACGAAUCAGGGAACUCUGAGCAGCGCGAAUCUGGGUGCCUCCAGCCUGACCCUCAAGCAUCUUAUUGCUAGAAUCGAUAUGAAGCGUGACCAGGUGCGCGCGUCCGACGCAGAGCUGCGGCUUCUCAUGAACGAAGUGCGAAAGAAUCGAAGCAAGUGGGCGAGUGAGGAGAAUGUCAACCAGGAAGAGCUUUACGAGGCUUUGGAGAAGGUUUUGACGGAGCUCAAGGCGCACACGGAGUACUCAACGCCUUUUCUUACCCGAGUCAACAAGAGAGAUGCCCCCGACUACUACAACUUUAUCAAGAACCCCAUGGACUUGGGGACAAUGACGAAGAAGCUCAAAUCUUUAACCUUCAAGUCGAAGACGGAUUUUGUCACGGACCUUAACCUGAUCUGGGACAACUGCCUCAAGUACAACCAAGACAUGAACCAUCCUCUGCGGCGCAUGGCAAACGGAAUGAGGAAAGAGGCCGAGAAGCUCAUCCCGCUGAUUCCGGACCUCGUCAUUCGCUCUCGAGCCGAAGUCGAAGCCGAGGAACGACGCAAACAAAACGGCGGAGACGACGACAACGGCGACGACUCUGACGACGAGCCGAUAAUGUCGUCUCGUGGACGAAAAGCGGCCACCAAGGGCGCCAAUAAGUCUCGGAAGGCGCCCAACGACCAGAAGGAGGACACCCCCGUGCCAGGCAGAGAAGGCUCCGAGGCCAUGGAUGGGAGCAACGGAUUUGCCACUCCUCCAAUUGGCGGAUCGAACACCCCUAGCGGGAUAGUCAAUGGCCACUCGGGCUUGGCAAGCAAUGCCGACGCCAUGGAUAUUGACGGGCCUAGUCUCAAUGGCAUGGGCUUGAAUCAGUUUGGGGCGGCCGUCGAACAGGUCUACGAGGACGACGAGUACAAGCUUUGGAAGCAAACGACCAAGAAGGACCGCGCUCUGGUGGCCAAGGAGCGCCACCUCCUUUUCAAGGAUAACACUCUCAAUGUGGACGCCCCGGCAUUGCUCAGGAGUAAAGCCGGCAUGCAACGAAUCUUGAAACACCAGAAGGAAGCCGAAGCGCUCGGCAUCGCGAGCUAUCCGCAGCUGGGUGGCACGACGAGCACAGAAAAGGACGCAGGCAACAAGGCGUCGGAAACACUUGCAGAUGGAAUCGACGAGGAAGCAGAGAAGGUCAUCCCGGACUACUACGAUUCUCUCAGCAAUAUUCCCGACAUUCAAUCAAACCUCCAGUGGGUCGAGGAUGGGGAUGGCCAGGUUAUCAACCAGCAUGAGGACUUUCUGCGGCUCGUGCCAUCCGGGGCCUUUGUGGCGCCGCGGAGUCGACUGACGAAAAGGAUGGACGACAAUAUCCACCAAAUCCAAGAGACGAGGAAGCUUGCGACAAAGAUAUCCGUCAUCAAGCAAAUGCAGGUGCAAUCCCAGGUUUACACCAACCAGUUUCCCAAGUCCAACACCGAGGUUUUCGUCGAGCAGGACAUUGAGCCGCACUUCAUUGCCCAUGACGGGCCUGUCAUGGCAUCCGAGACUUGCCAAGACGCCUUGAAACGUUCCAUUGCUAAAAUUCUCUAUCUCACCGGCUUUGAGGAGCUACAGCCGUCGGCCAUCGACACCCUGACCGGAAUCGCGGCCGACUACUUCCAGACCAUCUCCAGGACGUUCAACAUUUACCGCGAGGCCGAAAAGAUGACUGUGCAGACACCCGAGGGACCGCAACUGCGGUCCCGCUUCACACCCGAGGAAGUCAUCCUGCACACGUUGGAGGAGAACGGCCAUGACGUGGCUUCGCUGGAUUCAUACGCCAAAGACGAGGUGGAUCGACUCAGCUCGAAGCUGGGUGCCCUCCACGAGAGGAUGAAGCUGCAUCUCACAGACCUCCUGCGGCCGGCCUUAUCUGCAGAAGCUGGCACUGACGGCGUCGGCGCCUUCAACGACGGCAGCGAGCAGUUCAUGAGUGGCGACUUUGCCGAGGACUUGGGCGAAGACUUCUUUGGUUUCCGGGCCUUGGGCCUCGACAAGGAAAUGGGCCUCGAUUCCUUCUCCGUGCCAUUCCACCUGCUGCACAGCAGAGUCAGGAGCCAGUACCAGAUGCAGACCCAGGUUACGGGAGGGACUUCGUCAGAUCUCUUCGAGGCUCUGCCGGCCUCGGACCCCGUCACCAAGGAAAAUAUCCAGGAUCAAAUCGGGCUGGCCAAGAACUUUUUCCUCGCCAAGCUGCACGCUAACGGUGAUCAGCCGCUGGUAGAGGACGAGGAUCUCCCGGUUAAGCAGAGGAAACCACGGCCCCGGCUCGGUGCCAGCGGCAAGAUCAUGUCCGCUCAGAAGCGCCCGCCAAGGGAGCAGCUGGCUCUGGCGAAGAAGAAGAAGAAGAUGGAGCUUGCCGCCGCCGCCGCCGAAGCCAAGGCCAACGCGUCUGGUGAAAAGGGUACGGGAUCAGCAAGCACCACGCCGGCCAAGAAGAAGCUCGGCAGCCUGCCCAACGGGACAGCUGCUCCCAACCCUGCUGUGCUCGCGCUCGGGGCCAGCAUGGAGCGGACGGACAGCACGCAGAGCCAGGCCGGCAACAGCCAGACGGACAAGGAUGACAACACGGGCAUGAUGAGCCCGGAGAGCAUUGCUCAGUAG